CAGGCAGCCAGCCGGAGAGGAAAAUGCUUCCUAGAUAUGGAUAACGUUCCUCGCACGCGGUGACCAAACAUCCACAGCGAGCACGAUGGAGGAGAUUAAAGUGUCUCCUGACUACAACUGGUUCAGAAGCACGGUGCCCCUGAAGAGAAUUAUUGUUGACGAUGAUGACAGUAAGGUGUGGUCGCUGUAUGAUGCCGGCCCAAAGAGCAUCAGGUGUCCCAUCAUCCUCUUCCCACCAGUCAGUGGGACAGCUGAGGUGUUCUUCCAGCAGGUGCUGGCUCUGACAGGAUGGGGCUACAGGGUCAUCUCGCUGCAGUAUCCAGUGUACUGGGAUCUCAUGGAGUUCUGUGAUGGCUUCAGGAAGCUUCUCGACCACCUGCAGUUGGAUAAAGUCCAUCUGUUCGGUGCAUCGCUGGGUGGAUUCUUGGCUCAGAAGUUUGCGGAGUACACACACAAGUCUCCCAGAGUGCACUCACUGAUCCUGUGCAAUUCAUUCAGUGAUACCUCCAUCUUUAAUCAGACGUGGACAGCAAACAGUUUCUGGUUGAUGCCAGCUUUCAUGUUGAAGAAGAUUGUUCUGGGGAACUUUGCUAAAGGGCCCGUGGAUCCUAAAAUGGCAGAUGCAAUCGACUUCAUGGUGGACAGGUUGGAGAGUCUGAACCAAAGUGAGUUAGCAUCGCGGCUAACACUCAACUGUCAGAACUCCUACGUGGAGCCGCACAAAAUUAAAGACGUUGCUGUGACCAUUAUAGAUGUGUUCGAUCAGAGCGCUCUGUCGCUGGAGGCGAAGGAGGAGAUGUAUAAGCUGUACCCCAACGCCAGACGAGCUCAUCUGAAAACAGGAGGGAACUUCCCGUACCUGUGCAGGAGUGCUGAAGUCAACCUCUACAUACAGAUUCACUUGCGUCAAUUCCACGGGACCAGAUACGCCGCCAUCAGUCCUGCCAUGGUGAGUGCUGAGGAGCUGGAGGUGCACGAGAGCCACCUGAGCGGUAACCGGGAUUCUGAUGACGACCAAUGAGACGCUUACCCGCAGGCCGUUUCCUGUCCGUGUCUCCAGCAGUUUCUGUCACUCUGCAUCGUUUCACAGGACGUUCUCCAGAUUUUCUAUGGAGCUCAGCAGUCGAUCAGCGAGUCAACUGAGAUUAUUUUUAUUUGACAGAUGAAGCAAUAUUUUGAUAAUGACCUGUAGAUAAAUGCCACUCGGCUGCUUUGCUUUAAAAACAUACGACACCUUGCCUUAUGUAAAAUGAAUUUGAUAAUUGUUGCACUCAUAAACUGCCUAAACUGUUUCUAUAUGUAAUAUAUAUUGUGUUUAACACAUCCGGCAGUGAACUGGUUCCCUGUUAGCAUAAAGGUGAACACUGGUUAUGGAGAGACACACUCUCACACACUUCAGUCAGAUACAUUUCUUUUCCCAUUUGUUUUGGAUUACAGCUGAUUAUUUAGAAUUUGAAAACCUGUACAGUUGUUAUUUCAACUGGUGUCUCAGUGUGAGCUCAUUGAAAUGUGUCUCUGCUCUAAGUUUACACGAUGAGACUAUGAGCAGUAAGAGUCAUGAAUCAGGCCAUCCGUUAAACUGCCAAAGGCCACUGGAUGGUUUGUAGUUUUUCCCAGCCUAAGAAAACUACAGGAUGUCUCUAAAAAAUACAAACCACUCACAUGUGGCUCCGCAGCUUUGGGGCUCAUUCAUACCUCCAAAUGCUCCUGUUGCUAGAAUAGUUUUGUUUUUUUUGAUUGAUUGAUUGAUUGAUUGGAUUUUCUUUCUCUGCUUCUGAACAGAUGGAGAAUAAAUGAAUAUGAUGUGCUGUGCCUUUUUAUAAAAGAUAAUGUACACAUUCA